ACCAGGGCUGGGCUCUCUCCCCGGACUUCUCCGGUCCCUGGAGGCACCCAGCGCUGGGGGAGGGGAGUGAGAGCGCGCCUGGCGGCGGGGCGCGGGCCCUUUAAGCAGGGGCGCGGGGCGCGGCGCAGGUGAGGGGCGGGCCGCCGGGCGGCUGAGCGUGCGCGCCGGCGCCGGCCGGGAGGCGGAUUUGGAGCGCGCGGCGCCGGCGGGGCCCAGGGGGCGGCGCGGCGGAGCUUCUCGCGGCCUCGGACGCUCCUCCUCGCCGGCGGCCGCCGCCCGCCUCUGCCUGCGCCGCGAGCUCCCUCGCCCUGGCCGGGCCCGGCCGCGACUUCCGGCCGCUCACCUGGGACGCGCUCACCUGCCGCCGGGCGCCGGGGCUCCAGGAUGAAGGACCGGCUGGAGCAGCUGAAGGCCAAGCAGCUGACACAGGAUGAUGAUGCCGAUGAGGUCGAGAUUGCCAUUGACAACACAGCUUUCAUGGAUGAGUUCUUUUCUGAGAUUGAGGAAACUCGGCUCAACAUUGACAAGAUCUCAGAGCAUGUGGAGGAGGCAAAGAAACUCUACAGUAUCAUUCUGUCUGCACCAAUUCCUGAGCCAAAAACCAAGGAUGACCUAGAGCAGCUCACGACUGAGAUCAAGAAAAGGGCCAACAACGUCCGGAAUAAACUGAAGAGCAUGGAGAGGCAUAUUGAAGAAGAUGAGGUCCGGUCGUCAGCAGACCUUCGGAUUCGGAAAUCCCAGCACUCCGUCCUCUCCCGGAAGUUUGUGGAGGUGAUGACCAAAUACAACGAGGCUCAGGUGGACUUCCGUGAGCGCAGCAAGGGGCGAAUCCAGCGGCAGCUUGAAAUCACUGGCAAAAAGACCACAGAUGAGGAGCUGGAGGAGAUGUUGGAGAGUGGAAACCCUGCCAUCUUCACUUCUGGGAUCAUUGACUCUCAGAUUUCUAAGCAAGCCCUCAGUGAGAUCGAGGGACGGCACAAGGACAUCGUGAGGCUGGAGAGCAGCAUCAAGGAGCUUCAUGACAUGUUUAUGGACAUCGCCAUGCUGGUGGAGAAUCAGGGCGAGAUGUUAGAUAACAUAGAGUUGAAUGUCAUGCACACGGUGGACCACGUGGAGAAGGCACGGGAGGAAACUAAAAGAGCCGUGAAAUACAAGGGUCAGGCCCGGAAGAAAUUGAUAAUUAUCAUUGUGAUAGUAGUUGUGUUGCUGGGCAUUUUAGCGUUGGUUAUUGGACUGUCCGUUGGGCUGAAAUAAGGGCGGCCUGAGAGGCUGCUGCACUGAAAUAACCCGACUUCACUGCAACCUGGUGGCCACCCUUGUCUUCAGAUGGGAACGGAGUUGAAUGGCCUUCCUGAGAGAGAGUGGGACCUGAUCUGUUUCCCUGUCACCAUCCUUGGACCUGACCCAACAACAGUCUAGCCCUGGAGGAAUCCUAUCUACCUGAUGCAACCCUGAAUUCUCCCCAAAACCUCCUCCUGCCCCACCAGCUCUGAAGUACCAUCUUUCCCGGACUGUAUGAACCAAUCCAGCUUCUCUUUUUUCCCUCUGAUGUGUCAAAUUAUGCCUUGUACCUUGGAAAGCCUGUUUCAGACCUUCCCAAGGUGCUGAAUUUUCUACCUCAUGGAGUAUUCUUCUCUGAGAAAUUGCAAUGUAUUUUUUUUUUUAAGGGGGGGUGUCUUUAUCAAGGCAAAAGGAUUCUUCCAAAUUUGGCAAAAAUAAGGCUUAACCUGAGUCUUCAACCUGGCAGGAUCCCAAUCCUCAGUUUGUUGUCGCUAUAUGCUGAAAAUAUGAGGGACUGGCAGAUGUCAUUUUGGUCUUAGAAGUGACUUGUUUGAAAUUCAAUCUCAAAUUAAGCUCUUAGCAUGUUCAGCUUGGUGGCCAGUUUCGAUCUGUAUGUUGUCUUCUCUCAUGUUUACUCAAGGAGGCACCAGGACGAUGCAGUCGUCUGAGGUUACCAUUUGUAACGGCAGAGGGUGUGGGAUAUUUGUUUCCAUGUCUGAGUCCUGGAAAGUGGCUGUUCACCAUUAGAGUGAUGCUUUGUGAAGCCAUUGCCUUGAGGCCAAAAAUAACCAGGCACUUAAAAUUGGGCCAGGGACAAGGUGCUUGAGUCUCAGGCUCUGGAAAUGUUUCAGGCUGGUGUGAGUAUUGUCACUCAUUUCAUGUGUUCCAGAUGUAUUUUUAUAAUCAUGUGUGUGAGGUGUAUGUGUAUAUAUGCACGUGUCUCUCAGGAAGUAGGAAGCUAGAAGUGGAGGAUAUUAUAACCUCAAAAAAAUAACCUUGAGCUAGGCUAAAAAUUAGCUAAGAGACAUUUGCUUAUUUGCAAAUGAAUCAUGGUAGAAAUAUGAUCUCCCCAUGUCAUCGAGAAACCUGCUGUCUUCUGGAUGAGCACUGGGAGAAUCACAGAUCUUUGGGGUGAGAACUAAGUUGAUCCCCAUUAAGUUUUUCUGCUUAGCGGACAGUUGUGACAAAUUUUGACACCUCUCCCCACCUGCUGCCUAGGCCAGGCUUGUCCUGAGAACAUCCCACAGCAAUUUGAUAUCAUUCAUGUGACCUCUGGGAUGUCCUGUGUCCAGGGCUGAGUUAGGGGAGACCAGGGAUUGCUGAGUAGCUCUUCCUGCUCCCAGGUUAAUGAGCUUGACGGGUUCUUGUCUCCCCCAGUUCUUGUUAUGGAGGAGGGAACAGCCGGGAGAUUUUCAACUGUAGUGAUUGGGCUGACCCAGUGCUGAGCCCCUUAGAUUCCCUGCUGGUCUCUGCAGUCUGCCUGAUUUAUAUUUCAGCUUUGACUUUAAGGCUUUCUAGGAUAGGGUGAGCACCCUGAUCCAGGCACUGCCCAUUGGCCUCCUUCACCAAGGCUACUUCAGUCAUUGCCCAGCACUCAGACAGAGCCCAGGGGAUGCCCUCUUGCCCAAGGCUAUGAUGUCGGACACUGGACUGGCUCCAGCCACAAGGGCAGACAAGCUCUAAUCACAGGCCUCUGCUCUGAGAUUGAGGCCUGCGGCUUCUAUUUUGGAAUACAAGUGAAGGUUUUUUUGUAGUUUGUAUUUUUUUUAAAUGUAAACUCGAUUAUUUUAUUGCUAAUUUAA